AUGGCUACUUUUGCUUCGAGCGACAUUUCAAAGAAGGUUGUUGAAGAAGAAGAAGUAGAAGAGCCAGUGAAGAAGAAAUACGAGCCGAAGAAGCUCCACACUACGGAAGUAGCUUCAUUAUUCGAUUUGAAGAGCGAAUACUUGAGAAAGAAAAAUGAUAUUGUGCAAAGCACUACUGGAGAAAUCUACAGAGGUGGAAAAAGUAGCGUUCUAGCUGUAAAUAAAGAGGAGAAAGUCUCGCAGAAGAAAGAAGCCCAAGAAAGGAAAAGGCGCAUCAAUGAGCAUGAAGCUGCUUUGCGGAAAGAAGAAGAGGAGAGGCUUGAACUGGUGCGGAAAAAGUUGAAGGUUAGUUUUUAUCAGGUUGAGUUUUCUCAUGCAAAUAUCAUUUUUCGGAAUUACUGGAAUCAAUGCGGCAUCGCAAUUCCAUCGCACAUUUCUAGCAAACCGCAGAAUAGCAGAUGUUCUCAUGUUAUGUACGGCUAA